AUGGCGGAAGGCGAAGAAAACCAACAGCCCGGUUCCUCGACGGUUGCUAAAAAUCCGCAAAAAAACAGGAAGGAAACUAUUUAUCAGCCACUCGGUGAAAAGCACGCCCUACAGAAUCGAUGGGCACUGUGGUAUUUGAAGGCGGAUCGCAAUCGUUGUUGGGAAGAUUGUUUGAAACAAUUGGCGGUAUUCGAGACGGUUGAGGACUUCUGGAGUUUGUACAGUAAUAUUCAACCCUGUAGUGCCCUGGACUGGGGCUCGGAUUAUUAUCUAUUUAAGGAGAAUAUUCGUCCAAUGUGGGAAGAUUCUAGUAAUGUGCGAGGUGGUAGAUGGUUGGUUGUGGUUGAGAAGCGGAAAAGACAGCAACUUCUUGAUCAUUAUUGGAUGGAAUUGAUGAUGGCCAUGGUUGGCGAACAGUUUGAAGAUAGUGGAGAGCUGAUUUGUGGAGCUGUAGUGAAUGUACGACAGAAGGGAGAUAAGGUAUCAUUAUGGACUCGUGAUGCCGAGCAAGACAACGUCAAUAUGCGAAUCGGGCAAAUAUUGAAGGCAAAGCUAACGAUCCCGGCCACUGACACACUGCGGUAUGAGGUUCAUAAGGAUUCUUCAAGACGUACCUCAUCUAUGGUCAAGCCACGAAUUGUCAUUCCGGGUAUCCCCGAACCUCCUCCUUCUGCUAAGAAAAAGGAAAAGACGGGCAAAGACAAGGAAAAUGAAGCGGCCAAGGAAUCCCAA